AUAAAAUUCUCCGUCAAGAUCCGCCAUAAUGUGAAAGAUAUAUCCACUAGAGAAAAACACAAAGAAAAAGAGAAAAAGUUGCACAACACAGGAAGAAGAAAAAGGUGGAUAUAGAGAAGAAAAAAGAAAGUAAGACUACUCGUUGAAUGUUGGGAGGAGAAUAUAUGCUGAAUAGCAUCAACUGUCAAGACAGGGAAGUGAAGGAGAAGAAGCCAGGGAUUCAACUCUAGAAUCUACCUAUACAGUGUAGAGUCUAAUCAAAUGAUAGCAGUUCCCAAAAGAGCUCUAAACUGAGGGGGAGGGAACAUCCCAAAUUCUCGCUUGUUUCUGCAUUUACCUGUUCGAUCAGAACCGUUAAUAAAUUUUGGACAAUUUCGGAUUAGCAGGUGUUCAAUUACCAAGGUUAGUUAUGAUGAAGAAGAUUGACUCAUGGUGGUGAUGAUCAUCUCCUUCUUCUUGUCUUUACUCAACAACUUGUCUAUGUAGCUAGCUUCCUAUCAACCAGCCCCAUUAUAGAAAGUUAAGUUAUUUCAUCAACUUGUUUUAUUAUUUUUACUUUUUAGAGAGAGAGAGAAAGAAAGAGAUAUAAGAAGAAAUAAUCACAGAAGAAGAAGAUCUCAGAACCCCAACUUGCUGGUUAUAUUAAUAUCACCACCACACAACAACAUGGCACCACUUAUGAAACCCAAUUUCAGAAGACAAUCUGAGUUUUUCUGGCCAAGAAUUGUUCUGAAAAAGUUGCUAAACAUACACAAGAAUGAAGAUGAUUUUAGUGCUGACCCAGAUGAAGCUGAUAGUGGUUCUGAUUCUGAUGAUGAAGAAAUUGGUGUUAACAAAGUGGAGCAAUCUAAAUUCGUGUUUAAUGGCAAUGAGACAUUUAUCAAGAGAAGACGGCGGAAUUCGGAGACUUUUCGGACUCAAUAUAUAAACAACAAAGAGAUUAGAGUAUGUGUUGGGACAUGGAAUGUUGGCGGUGUAGUUCCACCGGAUGACCUUGAUAUCAAAGAUUGGUUGGAUACUGAUGAGCUCGCCGAUAUAUAUGUGCUCGGUUUUCAAGAGAUUGUUCCACUAAAUGCUGGGAACAUUUUCGGUGCUGAAGAUAACAAACCAGUACAAGUGUGGGAAAGUGUUAUUCGCAAUACGUUGAAUAAAACUCAGCCAUUGAAGGAAAAAACAUUUAAAUGCUAUAGUGCACCUCCUUCUCCAACAAAAACUAGUACAUUGAAUGAUAUUGUGGAUAUGGAAGAUGAAAUACUGAAUGGAACUUCUAGUGAUGAUGAAAUUGGUGAAGAAGUCCAUCCAGUGGACGAUGAGUCGAUGGACUUCUUCGAUCAAAUGGAUGGAAGCGAAGAUAGUGUUAAGCUACCAACACUUGCUGUUGUGUUAAAGGCUCUAAGAGAAGAGGAAGAAUUAGAGAGUGAAAUUAUUUCACCAAAGAUUCUCAAGGCUUUAAAACAAGACAGAUUAGAGACUGUAAGGAUUCUACAGGCUUUGAAAGAAGAGGGGUUAGAGAAUGAAGUUAUUUCCCCCAAGGUACUAAGCAGAUUAAAUUGCCUGAAAUUGGAGGAUAGUCUGGGAAGCCCGGAACCAGCAGUUAAACACCAACAGAAAAUUUUAAACAGAAACCUUAGUGGGAUAGAAAAGAUCGGUCUAAGUUGGCCAGAACCACCACUGAAUUUCGUAGGCCAGCAUGUUCAUGAGAGAGCGAAAUCGUUUAAAUCAGUCAAGACAUUUAAGAAAUCUGAUUCUAUUAGAAAAUACAAUUCUUUUAAACCAGCACCAAGUGGAGAUAGAUUUGGCUUUGCUGAGACAGAUUCAAUCUUGGAUUGUGACCUCGAUGCACAUAUAGCCAAGAAGAGACCGCCAUUUGUGAAGAUAGUUAGCAAGCAAAUGGUCGGAGUUUUCAUUACUAUAUGGGUUCGGAGAGGUUUGAGGCGACAUAUUCAGAACUUGAAGGUUUCUGCUGUUGGUGUUGGUGUUAUGGGUUACAUUGGUAACAAGGGAUCUGUAUCAGUAAGCAUGUCUAUCUACCAGACACCCUUCUGUUUUAUAUGCACACAUUUAACAUCUGGUGAAAAAGAAGAAAAUGAAGUCAAAAGGAAUUCUGACGUGCAAGAAAUUCAUAGACGGACACAGUUUCAUUCAGUUUCUGCAAUUGGUUUGGCUAAAACCAUUAGCGACCAUGAAAGAAUAUUUUGGUUUGGGGAUUUAAACUAUCGAAUCAGUUUACCAUACGAGAAAACAUGCAAACUCAUCUCAGAAAGCGCAUGGUCUUCAUUGCUUGAGAAAGACCAGCUAUCAAAAGAAUUCAAAAAAGGGCACGUAUUUGAAGGAUGGAAAGAAGGUACCUUAAGUUUUGCACCUACAUACAAAUAUGAACCUCAUUCAAGAAAAUAUUGCGGAGAUGACCCAACGAAAAAGGAAAAGAGACGUGUUCCUUCAUGGUGCGACCGGAUACUUUCAUUUGGAAAGGGAUUGAGAAACUUGAAUUAUAGAAGGACAGAGAACUUGCUUUCUGAUCAUCGACCAGUAACUGCCCUUUUUAUGGCUGAGGUAGAGGUCUUCUGUCAUAGGAAACUAAAGAAGGCCCUUGUAUUCACCGAUGCAGAACUAGCACUAGAAGAGGAAGAAGAAGAUGCUAUACGAGAUUUGGAUUUCAAUAUCGGGAUUGGGAGGAGUCGUUUCGGAUAGGAUGCAUCAAGUUGGGAUCGUUAAAGAAACCCGUUUCGGGCAUUACAAUACUUCUUCGGAGUUUAAACAUAAACACAGGCAACUGUAAGCAUUUCGCAGUAUACUCUCAACAUCAAUCGAACUUUCAACAGUUAACUCCAUGGAUAGGAUCUCCUUGACAAAUCAUACGCGCGUGGUUGUCUGUUCCUUGUAAAUUUGUAUCUUCAAAUAUAUACUCAACUGCUUGUUUUAAGAGCACGUUGAUUCGAGUUACAUUCUUUGUGUGCAGUGUUGUCAAUAAAGUUUUACAACCUGUAAAAGUGUUCACAUAACAAAACAACUUCAUCCAUUGUGUUC